AUAAUUACAUAACCCCAUAGUCUUGGAUUCAUUAUCAAUCGGUAUAUUUAAUUAUGAAAAGAAAUAAAGAAUAUUUCAUUGGAUAGUACUGUUAUAUCAUAAUGCAAUAAUAUUUAAAUUAUGUAUCAAUCACAUUGUUUAUUAUUAAUCAUUUUAUUAACAAUUUAUACUGUGAAUAUUCUUCAAGGAUGUAUGAAAUCAUCAAUGUUUUAUCGUACACCAAUACGUACACGUUCUCAUGUAUUUGUACCAGGUGAAUAUCAACCAAAACAAUUAGAAAGUAAUUUAGAAGCUAGUGGACCAUUAGAUACAAGAGAUUUUCAUAAUCAAUUCCCAAAUAAACGUUUAGUACGUGUUGAUUCACCAUAUAUUAUAUUUGAUUCUGAAGAAGCUAGAUGGAUGACAAAAGGUUGUCGAGAUCGACUGAUCAAAUUAUCGACACAGAUACAUAAUACAUGGGCUAAACAAGAUGUUAUUUUACGAGUGAUACGUUCUUGGGUUAAACCGCCACCAAAUUACAAACCUCUUCCACAAGAUGAUAAUGUAGAAGAUAAUCAUGAAGACUCACCGUUACUUUAUGAGAAAAACUCUAAACUGGAAAAAGUUUCAAAUGGUCGUAAUCCAGUAUUUGUGGGUAAUUCACCAACAGUUUUUUCUGGUCAAAGAGCAUUACCAUUUGUACCAGUUAAAUCAAGACAAUUUCUUGAUGCACCAGUUAUUGAUAUGACACCAGAAAUGAUGGAUGGUGAAUUCAUUCAAAUCAAUUCUCAUUCAAAUAAAGUUGGAACACAAUCGAAAAAUUUAAAAUUUAAUCAAUUUAUUCCAUCAUCAAAAAGUAUUUCAACACAGACUAAUCGUUGGCCUUCAACAAAAAAUAAUCCAAAUUAUAUCACACAUCUUUCUUCUUUACCAAGAUCAUCUUUUUCAUCAUAUCCAACACAAAAUCCUCAUUCACAUCAAUCUUUGUCGUCACCAACAUCAUCAUCAUCAUCAUCAUCAUCAUCAUCGUCAUCAACAUCAUCUAGAUAUUUUUUUAAUCCAAACAAAGUUUCAUCAUCUUUACCAGACUCUUCAUAUGAUACGAUGAUUCGAUUGCCAAGACAUGUUUUACUUAAACAAUCAAAUAUGAUAAUUUAUCGUUUAAAUCAAACAAUGAAUGAAAUUUAUUCAUCUAAUCGAAGCGAUAAAGCAUUACAUAAAUUAGUUGAACGUUCAAUUAAUACAAUCUAUACAUCCAAUACUGAUCGGAAACAUCGUAAUUAUGAUUAUCAUUCUAACCAAAAUCAUUUAAUCACUAAUAAUAAUAAUAAAUUAAAUGAAUUACGUAUGGAAGAAUUUCAUUAUGCUGGUAGAGCUGUAGAUAUGGAAUUAAUUACACGACAAUAUGGUAGACCACAUAAUUCAGAUUUACAUUUAGGUGUAUUAGCACAAAUAGCAUAUUAUGUAGCACAUUUUGAUUGGUGUUUUUUUAAUCGUGCUGGUCAUGUACAUUGUUCUGUUAAACCUGAUUCUAUUGUUACAUCUCAAUGGUUUGGUUGUUUUCCUAGUGAAUCAAAAGUAUAUAAAUCAAAUGGUCAAUUAAUAUCAAUGAAAGAUUUAAAAAUUGGUGAUUAUAUUAUAACACAAAAUCCAAUAAAUGGUCAUAUAACAAAUACAUUAGUUUUUGGUUUCCUUGAUUAUGAUCAACAUGCAUGGAGUCCAUUAAUAGAAAUUAAAUAUCAAAUUCAUUCAAAUUUAAUACAACAACAACACCAACAACGAGAACACCAACAAGAAGAAGAAGAACAACAACAAAAUAGUAUUUAUUUAACUGAAGAUCAUUUAAUUUUUAUAUAUGAUAAUACUACCAUGGUAAAUAGUAAUAAUAAUAAUACCGAAAUGAUGAAUAAGAAAGCUGUAUUUGCAUCGACUGUUAAAAAAGGUCAAAUCAUUUUUGUUUAUAAUCAUCAUCAUCAUUAUCCUCAUCAUUUGAAUGAAUUAAUCCAAGCAGAAAUUAUAUCAGUUCAAUUAAGAAAUUCUUUAUUGAUUAAUCAUACACAAUAUGAAAAUCGAUAUAAAAUUGGUUUAUAUGCACCAAUUACUGAUACUGGUACAAUGAUUGUAGAUAAUGUUUUAGUAUCAUGUUUUGCUUAUAUAUCUAAUCAUCAAUUAGCAUCAUAUAUUAUAUCACCAUGGAAAUUAAUUUACAACUUAUUAUUCUAUAUGAAUAGAUUUAUUAAAUUAUUUCAAUAUAAUGAAUAUAAUGAUGAAAUAGAUUCAAUCAAUUCAAAUGGUAUACCAUGGUUUAUUCAAUGGAUUUACAAAUUCAUGUAUCAAAUUUUACCGGAUUCACAGUUUUAUAAAAGUACAUUUUUGAUUUAAAUAUUAACCAAAUAGCAUUUAUAUAUGAAAUAUAUAACAGUGUAUCACAACGUAAAUCUAUCUAUCUAACCUAAUCUAUCUAUCUAUCUAUCUAUCUAUCUAUCUAUCUAUCUAUCUAUCUAUCUAUCUAUCUAUCUAUCUAUCUAUCUAUCUAUCUAUCUAUCUAUCUAUCUAUCUAUCUAUCUAUCUAUCUAUCUAUCUAUCUAUCUAUCUAUCUAUCUAUCUAUCUAUCUAUCUAUCUAUCUAUCUAUCUAUCUAUCUAUCUAUCUAUCUAUCUAUCUAUCUAUCUAUCUAUCUAUCUAUCUAUCUAUCUAUCUAUCUAUCUAUCUAUCUAUCUAUCUAUCUAUCUAUCUAUCUAUCUAUCUAUCUAUCUAUCUAUCUAUCUAUCUAUCUAUCUAUCUAUCUAUCUAUCUAUCUAUCUAUCUAUCUAUCUAUCUAUCUAUCUAUCUAUCUAUCUAUCUAUCUAUCUAUCUAUCUAUCUAUCUAUCCUCCAUUAUUGUAUCUAUGGGAAUUAUAAUUCGAAUGAAUUUUACAUACGAUUUUAAAUAUAUCAUUUUAUUCUUUCAAAUGUUUUGUAAACAAACUCUGAAUAGAUCAGUUAAAAUACUUGUCAAAACGUCAUAACUCGUUAAAGAUUGGAUAAAUUACUUCUUUAAUUAAUGAUCAUUAAUAGUGAACUGCAAAAGUAAUAAUUCAUGGAUUGUAAAUGUUUAUACAUUCACAUAAAGACUAUAAAUACCAUUUAUUUGCAUAUUCAUAAUGGAAAUACUAUUUCCAUCAGUAUUAGUGUUUAUUAAAUACACUGAAAUUUGCAUUAGUACUAAGUUAUACAUAUAAAUAUUCAUUUAAUGGACACAUGGAAGAGAAAUAUUUAUAAAUGAAUAAAUCAAUCAAUCUAAUACCUCAUAUUCAUAAGAGUAUAUCUUGUCAUAAAUCGAAAAUGCUCUUUCUGAUGUCACUUGUUUACAAAUUUUCAAUCAACCAUUAAAUUCAAUUGUAUAUAGUGUUGUUAUUAUAAAUAUACAGUAUGUUGUG